ACCUAUCAAAUUUUCAGGUUAUGUUAUUGAAAUAACACAAAUUUCUAAUAUUAAGAAUUGAUGAGGAAAACAUUCAGAGAUAUGCUUGUAAAUAUAUGAAUACUAUAUAUAAAGUCACAUUUUUUAAUUAUUUAUUAGCAUCAAGUCACAAAAGAUUCAAAAGUUGUGUAUCACGCAUUGGAAGUAAGAUGAAGGUUUUCACGCAAAAAAGGAAUCCUCUAACAGGCUGUACUGAGUGGGAUAUGCAAGAUGAAGACUACGAUUAUCACCAAGAGAUCGCCAGAUCAGCCUUCGCUGAUAUGCUGCAUGAUACUGAGAGGAACCAAAAAUAUAGCAAGGCUUUGAAACUGGCUAUUGAGAAAAUGCAUAAUGAUGGAAAGAAAGCCAAUGUGUUGGAUAUUGGCACAGGUACAGGGCUCCUCUCCAUAAUGGCAGCAAAAUCAGGUGCUGACACUAUUGUUGCUUGUGAGGCUUUUCAACCUAUGGCUGAAUGCUGUCUCAGGAUAUUGGAAUGUAAUGGUGUGGCUGAUAAGGUAACUGUUAUCCCAAAAAGAUCUACAGAACUGACUGUUGGUGAAAAUGGAGAUAUGAAACAAAAAGCUAACAUUCUAGUCACUGAAGUGUUUGAUACAGAGUUAAUUGGGGAAGGAGCUCUGUCAACAUUCUCUCAUGCGCACAAGUUCCUAUUAGAAGAAGAUGCUAUAGUUGUGCCAGAUUCAGCUGUCAUAUACGCUCAAGUUGUUGAAUGUCCAAUUUUGCAGAAAUGGAAUAAACUAAAUGAUCUAGCUGAUGAAGAUUUGCAAAUUAUUCUCAAGACUCCUAAAAAGAUCAAGGAAUGUGCUGGUUCGGCCGCUGUUCACGACGUGCAGCUGUCUCAAAUAUCGCGUCAAUCAUUCCGAGAGCUAUCCGAUCAGAUACCGGUGUUCUACUAUGAUUGGUCGGGCGCUACUCCAAUUAUCAUGCAGAGAACUGUGAAGCAAGAGUUCUCAGUGGUAACCACCGGUAAAGCGCAACUGGUGUUCAUGUGGUGGGAGCUGAAUAUGGAUCAAGAAGGAAAAAUAUCCUUGAGUUGCGCGCCGUGGUGGAGUCAUCCAGAUGCCGAUAUCUCGUCUCAGACGCCGCAGGACACAAUUCCGUGGCGCGAUCACUGGAUGCAGGCGGUUUACUAUCUACCGCAAGAAACUGAACUGCACAAAAGCAUGGAGGCAACCCUGGUUUCGUGCCAGGACGAAUACUCAUUGUGGUUCUACGUGGAAACGGAACAUAAACCACAACACUACCGGCGGCCGAUCUGUGAAUGUGGAGUUCACAUGGCGUAUUCGAGGACUCACGUCUCGUAUUUGAACGACGGUAGGCGAAGCAAACAAUUCUUGGCUCAACUGAAGAAGGAAAUAACGAACGACUCGAUUGUCCUGGAUUUGAAUGGAAGCAAUUUCAUGGGCUUGUCGGCCGCGAAAAUGGGUGCCAAGGAGGUCUUCAUUGUCGAAAAGAUGAAAAUGAAUGUCGGCAUUUUAAUGGAUUACAUCGCCGAGAAUAAGCUGAGCAACGUGACUGUUAUACCGGAAGCCGGCGAUGACGUUUUGAAGAAAGUGACCAAUGUCGUAGGCGAUCCUAGCUUCACCAGUGCCAUUUUGCCUUGGGAGAAUUUGAAAAUUGCCUAUUUACUGUUUAAGUAUAGGGAGAAAUUGAAUAGCGGGUUGUCGGUCAUACCGGAGAGAUGCGAGUUCUGGGCCGUGCCGGUGGAAUUUCAGAAUUUACACAAAAUAAGGGUGCCGCUCGGCGUCUGCGAAGGGAUCGAUAUGUCCAAAUUCGACGAACUCGUCGAGACUUCUAGACUGAUAAGCGACGCAGAAGUGGAAGCUCAGCCUCUGUGGGAGUACCCGAGUAAAUGUCGCGGCGUACCCAGGAAGCUGAUCGAGAUUGAUUUUCAUGACCUGAAGCCUACUUACGCGUUUAAUGGCGUUCAACAAAUAAUAGAAUCUCAAGAUGAAGAAGGUACUACAUUGACUAUAAAUGGAUUCGCGUUGUGGGCAGUGUGGAAGAUCGGUGGAAAGGAUAUAGUCACAGGUCCAAUAAAGAGUCCUGUUUUAGGCGAAAAUAUCGAAUGGGAUCCUCACACAAGACAAGCAGUCAAAAUACUUAAAAAGACUUUUACAAUGAAGACUUCAGACAAAUGGAGCUAUCAAAUCGCCUGCGACAUUGAAAAAGGACAAUUCAAUGUCAAUUUAGAUUUAGUCUGUAAUGAAUAAUUUUGUAUUUUGCUAAUAUCUAUGUAUAUCUGACGUAUCUGACGCAUUAAAACGACGUGAACAAUGUAGA